CCAACCAACAACCCCAUGUGAAAUUAGAUUUCUUUAUGAUAUUUGAGAAUGACCUCAGAAUAAUUCUCUAAUUAUACUACAUGAUAUUACCCAGUGACUGACCCUCAGGAUUUCUCCAUAUUCACUCAUAUGUUUUCAGAUAAACCCAAUGGUCCAUUUCCUUUGCUCUUCUUGCCCAAGUCUGUCGCCAAGCGCUUCAUUGAGCUGUGUAUCUGGAAGAACCCUCCAAACACAAAACAAAAAUACAAACUUAGAAGCUCCUAGCCUAGCAAACCUUUUCCCUUUUCACUUUCUGCUCAACCCAAUUCCUCUGCCAACAUUUCAAAUCGAAUAGAAGUUUUCAAGUUCUCUCAAGUCUGAACUCAACAAUCCCGUCAUGGAUCUUUUCCUGAACCUCUUUAAUCUUUGGUUAAACUUUAUAUUUAACUUAAAAAUUUACCAGGUUCCCUUUCAGUGUUCAAUGUAGGGAUAAAUCAAUCUUCUUUUCAGUAUUAAAUUAUCUAAAUACUACAUGCUAUCACUUCACAAUUGAAUCAAUUCAUCUUUCAGUGUUUUUUAGACAUAAAAACCACAUCGUGUUGAGAAAUUGUCACAAUUCAAAAACUAAACCUUCACAUAAAAAACAUUAUCAGCCACUAUAUUCAAUUGAUAUUUGAAUAAAGAGGAUUAUAACGCUGAUCAUUAAGGGAUGUUUGAGCAACCCAUAUAGGCUGUAACAUUAGAGGGAGUGCAUCUCUCCACUUUUCAGCCAAUCACAACAGUGUUCACUCUACAGACUUUGAAGAUAUUUUGAGUAAACCUUCAUUUGAGUAGCAAGUUGUCAGUUCUGCAAAAUGCAUUUUGUCACAAUGAUUAGAAAACUCACUGCUUUGAUUCUUCUGACGGCAGCAUCUCUGACUCAAACUAAUGAGGUUCCUCAUCAGAUCCCUUUGAAAGUGGUUGAAGUUGGCGGGAAUGUUACUCUGCGUUGUCCAGGUUCUAACAAGGAUAGCAACUUCUUCUACUGGUACAAGCAGCCGCUUGGACAUAUGCUCCAGACAGUUGCUACAUCAGUUUUAGGCGAACAGAAACUGAGUGAACAAUUUCCCGACAAUCGCUUUAAAUUUGCGGCAGGAGAUUCUCAAUACUCUCUUAUUAUCAAGGAUAUCAUUAAAGAGGAUGAAGCAACAUAUUUCUGUCAAAGUGGGACUGCUUAUUUUCAGAGAUUUUCUACAGGGAUAUACUUGGCCGUAAACGGUAAGCUCUGUUAUGUUAUAAAUGGCAAAAGUCAAACACUGACUCAUGUCAGACAAACUCCAGAAACGACAUCAGUCCAGGAGGGGGACACAGUUAAUCUCCACUGUUCUCUUCUCUCCAGCAGUAGAGACAACACCAGUCAUAAUCUAUCUGUUUACAAUGUGUACUGGUUCAGAGCUGGAUUUGGAGAAUCACAUCUGAAUUUUAUUUACACCCAGAAGAACAGGAGUAGUAAUAGAAGCUGUGUCUCCCAGCUGUCCAGAACUAUACAGAACUCCUCAGAUACUGGGAUAUAUUACUGUGCUGUGGUCACAUGUGGAAAGAUCUUGCUUGGAGAAGGAACCUAAAGUAGAGACAAGUAAACCUUUGGCACCUGUUCUAAUUGUCUUGGCUUUGCUGUUGGGUCUUUGUGUGAUUGUGAUUUCAAUUCUUAUAUUCUCCAGAGAUUAAAGGAUCCAUAUAGGAAUCUGCUGACUAAGUUUUUCUGCACUGCAAGAAGGAAGAAAUGUGGCAUUAUCGUCUAUCAACUGACUUUAAUUUUUGAGAAGAGAAUAUCUGUUCUUCUAAGUGUAUAAAAUACUCAAAACAUUUCUUGUAAGCUUUCUUUGUGUUCAGUUUUGUAAAGAAGACAACAGAAACUUUCUGCUCUAAAUGUUGCAAGAUGUUAUUUUUAGACAUGAGACUGACUCUCCACUGUAUAAUUUUUCUUUCUAUAAUCUUACCUAAUAAUGUACAAUUUGUUUUCAUAGAAUUAUCUGUGUUUAUUUUUUUCCGGAAUUAUUACAUCAUUUUUAACAAGCAAAAAGGGGUGAAAAGGCAUUUAUGUGAAGUUUUUUGUAAAUAUUUAUAUAAUAUUAUACAUGCUGUUUGUACACUGUGAUUAAAUAUUUGUUAAUACUACUUUUAUGUUGCAGUGGUGGAAUACAUGUCAUACUUAUUAAAAUGGGGUACAUAUUAGGUACAUUUCUAGUAGCACCAGUUCCAGCUCAUCAGUUUCUUAAUUCACAAUACGAACAGUGGUUCAAACAUGGUAUACACAUAAUCAAGCAUUUUUAAACUACAAAAUAUGUAAAGCCUUUCACACCACAACAGGCUGUGAUUCCUAAUUGACAUGAAAUUGACAAAUAUCUCUGCAACCAGUUCAACGUAAAUAUUUGUUACUCCAUAAAAGCAAGGAAAAUGUCACAUUAGCUAGUUUUACAAAUUCCCUCACAUAUUAUUAGGACCUUGUUAUAUACAUUGUGUACAUUAGAAGUAAGGUAAUAGACUUUAGUUCUGUGGUGUGUAAGUGAAAAUGUACCCUGGAACAACCAUCUUGUUUUCCUUCUGCUGUACUUUCUGCCUACUGGAUCAUCUUGUGCUUUAAACCCAAUGUCUUAAACAUAGACUGAGUGCCCCCUGUUGGUCAAACAAUUUAUGAACUGUCUGUUUUUCCUUUUCUGGUAAAGCGUCUAUGAGUGUUGUAAAAUGGCUAUAUAAGUUGGAUGUAUUAUUAUUGUUAUUAUUGGCCUUUGACAUCAAACAUUAAAGAAGAGAGUCUGUGA